AUGACCCCCGCUGCUGAGCCUGCGCUGCGUGGCUCGCUCGAAGAGGCGACUCAGCAAUACGAUGCUAUAAAGGCGCAGCUCAAAGAAGGUCUUGCGAACAAGUCUAAAGUCGACAAAGAUCUAGUUGACUUGGAAUCGCAGAUCUACUUGUACGAGGGCUCGUACUUGAACAACACAGCACACAGCGGCGGCAACGUGAUCCGUGGCUUUGACACUUAUAUGAAGUCGAGCAUCACCGGGAUGGCUACAGGCCGUAAUUCAAGUACACCGGCGCCAUCGAAUGAGGACAGGAUAUUCAGCACGAGUAGUGCUACCUAUCAGCGUAGCAUUGCGCUGAAAAUGAAUACACCGGCUACCGAGGACAAAGAAGCGGGUCAAUCAGUUGGGUACAAGCUGAAACGGAAGGCAGACGACAGUGCGCGUAACUAA